CUAAUUCGUGAGAGGUGAUAAUUGUCUGCAGUCCUUGAGAUAUCUGGUUACACUGGUUGUGAAGAUGAUUUGAUUCGGCUCGUAAAGCUAGAAGAUGAGACGGACCGCCUCGAGUUUUGUCACAUGAUCAAGUUUUUGAACAGACGUCAAAAUCGUAGUGGUACCGACAACCGAUAAAGACAUACGCACUCAAACUCUGCGGCGGAAAGCUGGCUACACUGAACGAAGAAAUGACACGAUACUGACGGAUACACAAAUCGCUGUUCUGCGUUCAGUUAUCAGGUUAGGACCGCAAGCUGAGCCUAUGGAGGGAGGCAGCAAAGCGGGGUUGGAGGAGAGGCAGGGGCUGGUGCACAGGGCCACCAGUGGAGGAGGGGAGUCAGUGAGGGUGGAGCGGGGAAAGGAGGAAGAGGUGAUUGUCCGACCCAAGGUUACUGACCACGACCAGGCCAGGAAGGGGAGCUCGUCGCGGUCGUCUCGUAAGAGCUUCCGUCUGGACUAUCGUCUGGAGGAAGAGGUGACGCCGUCGGCCCGGGACCGCCACGGCCGUUUCCUCAACCCCUGGCCGGACUGGAGGUUCCCCUCGUAUGGCACGCUGCUCUGCUUCUUCCUGCUGGACAAGGACAACAGCAACGUUCCGUCAGACAAGGAUGUUCUGGACAGUGAACUUCCUGUCGUGAAGCCCUACUUCCUCCAGAAUCCUGAGCAGACAGGAGGGGCGGCACCUGGCAUACGGGUGACCUGGCUAGGCCACGCCUCCGUCCUGGUGGAGAUGGAUGACCUGGUCAUCCUGACCGACCCCAUCUUCAGCCAGAGGGCCUCUCCGCUGCAGUUCCUGGGGCCCAAGCGCUUCCGGGGUCCCCCCUGCACGGUGGAUCAACUCCCCAGGGUGGACGCUGUCCUCAUCAGCCACACCCACUACGACCACCUGGACUUGGGCACCGUGACGGCGCUCAAUGAGCGUUUUGGGAGCGAGCUGCGCUGGUUCGUGCCGCUGGGCCUCUUGGACUGGAUGCAGAAGAACGGCUGCGAGAACGUGAUCGAGCUGGACUGGUGGAAGGAGAACUGCGUGCCGGGCCAUGACGACGUCACCUUCGUGUUCACGCCGGCACAGCACUGGUGCAAACGCACGCCCACGGACGACAACAAGGUUCUGUGGGGCAGCUGGUCCGUCCUCGGGCCCGGGGGCCGCUUCUUUUUCGCUGGAGACACGGGGUACUGCCCCGGCUUCCGGGAGAUAGGACGCCGCUACGGACCCUUCGACCUGGCCGCCAUCCCCAUCGGAGCCUACCUGCCCAGAAACAUGAUGCGUAGUCAGCACGUGGACCCAGAGCAGGCUGUGCUCAUCCACCAGGACAUCCAAGCCAAACACUCCCUGGCCAUCCACUGGGGAACCUUCGCCCUGGCCUACGAGUAUUACCUAGAGCCUCCAGUCAAGCUGAGGGAGGCUAUGGAGAAGAAAGGGUUAAAUGUGGACACCUUCUUCACCCUCAAUCACGGAGAGUCCCGAGUGAUCAGUACAGAGGAAGAAGUCUUUGAAUCAUUGGAAGAAUUGCCCCAAAUCGAACCCCUUUGAAGUGGACUCAGGAAGUGUGUGCAUGAAGAGUCUAAACACCUUCUUGGGAGAUUUGACUGCUGUAUGCUGUUGGACAAUAGCUCUAACCUGCUGUCUGAUUGGCCGGUCCAUUGAUCUUCCUGUCAAAUCUUCUUGAGAUUGUGUGUUGCUUGCAGAGGUGCUCACGGGGACUGCACUGUGGGUGUUAAUCCUCUCCAUGUCAGAAGGAUCCUGAAUCAGACAGAAUUCACUUAUUCAGACAGAUGGCUCACUGAUUCAGAUGGAUGAUUCAUCUGAAUCACUGCAUCCUCUGUUUCCCUCCUUCAGUGACUCUCCAAAUGCCAAAUGUCAAACGUCUGGUUUGUAAUCAGUUAGAGAUUAAUGAACAGUCUGUUCUAUCACUGGGCUGUUCUCACAUUUGCUGAAUGAAAAAUUAAUAAUUUUAUUGAAAUGCACAUCUAUGUUCUUGUAUAAACUGUAAUACAUAUUGCGAAUAUGGAUCUUUUUGUUUUCUAUUUUUGACACUGGACAAGGCUAGACUUGGCUGGCUCUAAGUUGGUUUCCAGGAACAAUUUGAAGAAUGUUUGAUCCUAUUAGUUGGCUUGGUAACGGAAAAGGAGAGUGGUAUUGAGUUUAAACAGCAUUCUAGAACAAUCAAGCAUAUUCUGGAACAUGGGCUAAUGCUCAGUGUUCUGGAACUUCAGAUUGUUUCAUCCCCUUACGGUAAGGGGAUGAAACAAUCGGAAGGUCCUUACCGGAGGGAUGUACAGUUAGAAGAUGAGGGGGAAAAAAGACAAUUCUGUAGGAAAUGCAAUUUAAUUUUUUAAUAACAUCAUUCCUCAGAUAAAAAUGCAAUGUUACAGGAAUAUACAUUAGAGAUUAAUUUAAAACUUGCUUUUCAAGGACCAUACAGUCUAAAUAUAUUUUUUCUUUACUGGUAGCGUGCGUUAUAAGCAAGACCACUCUGUCACCAAAGACAGACUGACAGUUACAGAUACAAACUGUACAUCACCUAUGUACAAAUAAACUUUUUGUUUGCUUUU